AGUUUGCUGGGCAGGAAGAAAUGGGAGGAGCGGGAGGUAGUGGGGGAUCCUGCUGGCCAUGUGGGGCACUGGCUGUGUCAUCUCCUCACGGGGAGGUGUCAGCAGGGCCCGAAUCCCUCAUGCUCCUUUGUCUCCUUCGCGUCUCACAGGAGCUCAUUGAGGAGCUUCCUAAAGACUCUCCACCCAGCGAGAUCCUCUCCAGCUGCCUGGCUGCUGUGGGCAACCUCAGCACCAUGAAACCAGCCCUUGAGCCUGAGCUAGAGUCCCGCCUCUUGCAAGCUGCCCUUGGCUCGGUCUUCACCCUGGGCACGGAGACGGACGCCACCGACAUCCAGGCUCUACACAAAGUCAUGCCAGAGCUCCUGGAUGCUGUGCUGGGGAACCUGCUGGUAUUUGGAAAAUUCUUCUCUGUGGGGCAGAGGAAAUGCUUCCUCAAGACAGCCGUGCCAGCGAUCUACAACCCCCUGCUGUGCAUUAGCCAGGCUGGGCUUCUCCUCACGUACGCCAUCCUGGGGGAAGCCGAGCAACUGCUGGGGUACACGCUGGAGGACACCACCGCCAAGGUGAUGGGUCAGCUCCGCAGCAUCCGGCAGCUGCACCAGGUGCCUGAGGUGAUGCAAGGGCUGAGCCUCACCUGA